CUCUGGGACCUCACAGACUCUUCCUCCUCCACAUUCUCUGCUGAAUCCAGGAAAGAAACUGGCACAUGGAUUUCUAGCUCAGUGAUAUUAGGAACUGAAGACAUCUGCUCCAUUGGCCAUCUGGUAAGUCUGAAGGAGUCUUCAAGUGGGAAGCAGAAGGAAAGAGCAGAGGCCAUCCUCUCAGCAGCCUGUACAGAUGUAUCUCUAAAACCUCUCAGCAUUUCGGAAAGGAAAAAGCCCUCAGCCCAGUAGGGCAGCAUGGCUCAAGAUCUCACAGAAAAAGAACUGCUGAAGAUGGAACUUGACCAGCUGAAAAAGGAAGUGAAGAAUGAAAGGCAAAUGAUCUCCAAGACGGGCAAAGAACUCAAGGAGUAUAUAGAAUCCCUGGCAGCAGAGGACCCUCUUUUGAAAGGUGUUCCUGAGGAUAAAAACCCUUUUAAGGAGAAGGGAGGCUGUAUAAUUAGUUGACCCCCGCCACUCACAGACAAACUUCGGACCCUUUCCUCCUACAAAACCAAGACUGUAAGAAUUUUGCUUACCCUGUAGCAUGAUCUUUCCAUUGGGUGGGGCAGCCCCCCAAAACGAAACCCUUUUGAAGUGUAGCACAUCUAUGGGAGGGGAAAAAAAGGAUAUUGGAGACAUACCUAAAAUUAGGAGCAAGAAGGCAGCCUUCUUCUCUAGGCUCUCACAGCUGAUUUCCAUUUCGUUUAAUAUACACACACAUUUGUUGAACUUGCUGCACUUCUAUCAAUCAACACUUCAAUCAGGCAUUAAGAAAACCUUGAGACUAUAAAGCUUAACUUCAGACUUGACCUCCCUAGCACAAGGUGGAAGUCAAUGCCACCUGACUUGGGCGACUGUGAGCAAGUCACUUAACCUCUGUGACAGAGUUUCCCCAUCUGUAAAACGGGGAUAAUAAUGCUUGCUCACCUUUGGCAAAGCAUGUAGAGAUCGAAGUUUCAAAGGUGCUAAGUAUUAUUAUAACUAUCACGGCCAAGGAUUUUAGGGGGCCUGAUAAAUUGACAUAUUUACUCUGUCCACAUACCAGGCUACCAGUUACUUGGAAGUUGCUCAUUUAUUCAUUACAUUAUUUUGGGAGAGACACCCCCGCACCCCAUCUGCCCCCAACAAUGCACUCAGAUCACGAUGCAAGAACAAAUAUUGAAUACAGACAUAAUUUAACCAUUUAAAACACAAACACCCUCUUAAAAUACAAAUUGAGUCUAGUGAUGGGUAUGCAGGAGAGGAAGAUAAUAAGGAGCCAAUAGCAAUCAUUGACGGGGAACGGCACCAUGGAGAAAUGUUUGCAGGGAGAUUUUUUAGAAGUGGGGAAUGAGCUAAGUCUCAAUUCCAGAUCUUAAGAGCUGCCAUUGUGAUGGCUUGGCCAUCUGCCCAGCCUGAAAUGUGCAGCAUUUUCCUGUAUGGCACACAAGUCCAAAGAAGGGCACAGAAGGGAGCAAAGUUUGCAAGCGACUCGUUCAGAGCCCCUCUUCUCCCUGCCUCUACUUCCCCCCACCAUCUUACCU